AUGGCGAACAUGAGAUUCGUCAUGAGCUUUCGGAGGGUCUUACCAUUCUUGGGCUAUCACCAUGUUCUCAUGAUCCUCAUUGCUAUAGCGAUCAUUCUGCUCUCACUCCUCCUAGCAGGCUGCUCUUCCUCCUCGCCUCUGAUUCCCAGCAUAUUCUUGAUAUCCCUCUAUUAUAAGUCCUACCCGCCGAGCUUCGAUCCCUCACAGGUCGACCCUGGUGUCACAACGGCAAUUGCCAACAUCGUUGGACAAGCGCAACUCGAAGUCCGUGUUGGCUAUUUCGGUAUAUGCAUCAACCCCGACGGUGGAUCAUUUUUGUGCAGUAACAAUGCGUCGAGUUUGGCGACGCAGGUUUCCGUGGACCAGGAUCCGCUGAAUCUUAUAUGGGUGGCAAAUACUUUCAAGGACAGUAUUGUGUUUCCGUACUUAAUAAUCGUCGCCAUUGUCCUUGCGUUCGUCUGCUUCCUCCUCCUCGCCACUUUUCCCGGUUGGCACGAAGAGCACGAUGACAACGGCUCCGACCGAGAAGUUAAACCAUUUCCCUCACGCCCGGUCUCUCAAGUCGCCCUCGCCCUCAUCUUCGUCGCCUCCGUCUUUGUACUAGUUUCCGUCCUAUGGCAACACACGGCGUCCGUGGGAGCAAGUACGAUCGCCCAGGACUUAGGCAAUGGUAGCGUUAAAAGUGGAGUGGGGACCGCCGCCAUGAUUCUGGGAUGGUUUGGAUUUGCGCUAUUGAUCAUCGUCACGAUUGGUUUGUUGGUCAUGAUCUUGAGUAUCAGGAUUUUGGAUCAAUUGACAGACGAAUGA